AUGCAUCUUUCACUUGCCACUUUGAGCUUGGCUGCUUCUGCACUCGCUGCUUACAUUCCAUCGGAGCCUUGGACAACUUUGACACCAGAAGGUGACCUCUUGGGUGCUACCACAGACUACACCCACAAGUUUGGAAUCCAGAUUGUCACACUUUCGGGCCUGUACUCGGUAGAUCCAAACCACCACAAGAGAGCCGUCAACCAGAUCAAUGAUGGACAGAUCCAGGAACAGACCCUGGUGCUGUUGUCUACUCCAGCUACCACCACUGCCUCAGUGAUUAACCAGAUCGGUGACGGUCAAAUCCAGCAUCAAACAACAACGGCAUCCGUGGUCAAUCAGAUCGGCGAUGGCCAGAUCCAACAUCAAACAACCACUGCUGCUGUCGUCAACCAGAUUGGCGAUGGUCAGAUCCAACAUCAGUCAUACACUCCAUCCACUGUCACCACCGCUCCCGUGAUUAACCAGAUCGGAGAUGGUCAAAUUCAGCACCAAACUGCCUCUGUUGUUAACCAAAUUGGCGAUGGUCAAAUUCAACAUCAAACUGCCUCAGUUGUUAACCAGAUCGGAGAUGGCCAGAUUCAGCACCAGACUUCUUCUGCUUCCGUUGUCAAGCAAAUCAGUGACGGACAGAUCCAACACCAGACUUCUACCGCUUCUGCUGUGAACCAGAUCUCUGACGGACAAAUCCAGCACCAAACCUCAUCUCACUCUACUGCCACUGGUGUUUCUCAAGUCAGUGACGGACAAGUGCAAGCUACUGACGUAGCCGGUUCUGAUGACGAUAACUCCGACAUCCCAGUUGCAUGUAUCACAUCCGAGUCGUUGACCAUGACUUUGAAGGAUUCUGUUUUGACAGAUGGUUUGGGAAGAAUUGGUGCCAUUGUGGCCAACAGACAGUUCCAGUUCGAUGGUCCUCCACCACAGGCUGGUUCCAUCUACGCUGCUGGCUGGUCCAUCACUGAUGACGGACUCUUGGCCUUGGGUAACUCUGCCAUUUUCUUCCAGUGUAAGUCUGGUGACUUCUACAACUUGUACGACACGAACGUCGCUGCUCAAUGUGAACCAGUCCACCUUAGUGUGAUUGAGUUGGUUGAGUGCUAA